AUGUUUUUAAGACCAAAUUCAGCACUGAAGCAAACACCACCAUCUUCUUGGUAUUACCAGUAACCUUACUCAUGCGCACAGCCAAAUCAACCUGGCAGCGGGGGCUAUGGACAGCUGUUUCGUUCUCAUUAAGACUCAUCAGUAUGGCACAGCCCCAGGUGAGAGGUUUCUCUUGCAGUCUAUCGCUGCCACUGCCCGGAUAAUAUGGCUGUGCGCAAGCGUAAGAUACUGGCAAUACCGCGAAGUUGAUAGUGUUUGCUUCUGUGCUGAAUAUGGUCAUGUGUAUAAGGCUAGUACCUUUCUCAAGUAACGGCAUGUUCGAGUCACAGACCACCCACGUCGACACAGGAGCUUAGCCAAGAAUACCACGACUUCUAUAAUGUCACAAUUGAUUCAGAAUUUAGUGUAUGACAAAUGCACUGACUGUAAAUCGACUUGCGGACGUGCAGACGGCGACAACAAAGAGGUCUUUCCAAAUUUCUUUAGAAAAAAAUAUCGUUAAACUUCUGUAUUUCUAUACUACUUCCGAAAUGACAGCAAUUUUACUUCGUCAGGAGCCCAGACUUUGCAUUUCACACCUUCCGAAGAUGAAGUAAAAUGGCAAAGAAAUCGCAGUUCAACUUAGCAAAUAGGCCUAGUGUGAGAUUUUUAACUAACAAUUCUACGUAUGACAUAAAUAUGAUAGGAGGUUACAUGUUCGGUAACACCCGCGUGAGUUGCCAAAGGUUGACCCUAACCCUAACCCUAACCUAACCCUAACCCUAACCCUAACCCUAACCCUAACCCUAACCUUACCCUAAAACAUGCCACAGCAUCUAUUAAAAAAAAAAGAAGACAGACCCCGACCCCGGCCCCGGCCCCUACCCCUCGUUUUACUGACAACCAGAUUUAACCACUACCUGGUUAACUUAGUUAGGAGAGUGCCGGUCUGUUGAGCGGGAGGUCGCGGGUUCAAACGGCCCGGCCGGAACAACACUUUCAAUAAAUGAGAAGAAAGUGCUGCAUUUGUAAUGACACCAGCAACUGCAAACUGUUAGACUUCCUAGUCUUCUGGGAUAAGGACGAAAAAACGUAG